AUGACCUCUCGCUCCUCUGGCUCCUGGGCCUUCCCAGGCAUGGACUACUUCCGGCCCGCAGAGAGCAAGAGUCAGACGAACAGCAACCAGCGGGCGGGCAAUGAAGCUAGCACAGAGCCCUCUGGCACGAGGCAGUCGAGGUCCCCAUCGGCACGGUCGAGCUCACAUGACACCAAGUCUCACCGGCUGUCACGCCACAUGGACCAUGACGACGCCUCUGAGACAUCCGGACUAUCGAUGAGUUCGACCAAGGCGUCCACAGGAAGCGCCCCGCCGUCCUCAAGCAGCAACAGCAACAGCUCUUCCCACCAGGGCACUUCCCUCCGCCCCUCGAGGACCACCAGCAAGUCUGCCAGCACCGCCCGACCAGGCCCGAGCACUGCUGCCCCCCCUGCGCGACCUGUCUACGGACUCGAGCAGGAGCCGUACAGGCCACAGCUGUCGCACAGUGCCACGGCCCCGGCCUAUCAACGGCCCACGUCGAUGUACGCCAGCAGCACACAACCGAGCAUCUUCGGCAGCCAACAUGGGAUCAGAGAGACACCAGGCCUGGCGCCACAGCCGCCUGUCGUGUCCUUGAACAGCAGCCGGCCUGUGGCCCCUCUGUCCGCCAACCCAUUCUCCACCAACGCGCCAGGCGUGAAUCACCUGGACCUCUCGGGGCCCAUGGGACCGCAUGUGAGCCAGCCCUCGAUGCAGAUGCACCUGCCAGGCGCCUUCCCGGCCGAUGCGCCCACGGUCCCGUACCGCCGGCCGACGGACCUGACGACGCAGCUGUCCAUGUCCAACUCGACCAUCUCCAUGGACCACUUCUCGGGCGACAACGUCUGGGACUCGGAGGGAGACAGCGCAUCGUGCCUUUCCACCAGCACCACUGCCACGAGUGUCAUGUCGGACAUGACCGAGAAGGGCGACACGUACAACAUCACACCAACCCAGACCAGGACCACGACGCCCACGCAGACGCACGGGCGAGAACCGCCCCAGUCUCGCGCGGUGGCCGAGACCCCUCGCCCGUCCAUCCUCCGCCACACGACCCAGAAGUCCAUCCUCUCCAACGGGAGCAAGGAUUCUGCGAGUUCGUCAUCGACCAAGUCGGUGACGAGCAGCCACUCCUCCUCCAGGAGCUAUACCUCCACCUCCAGCUCCUCGGCAGCCCGGAGCAACACCAUCAGCGCCCCCCACAUCCACAUCGAGGUCAACCGGUCGGACUCCCGCGAGCACCGCGAGCACCGCGACGAGGCCCGAAAGAGGCAGCUGGUGGAGGAGGCCCUGGUGGACAAGAUCGCCCAGCUCAAGGCCGAGCAGAACCAGGCCAAGGAGGCCAAGGAGGCCAGGGCCGCACCGGCCCCAGCCCCAGCCCCAGCGAUCAAGCGCGUGCCCUCGGUCAGGUUUGCCGAGCCGGAGAAGGUCAAGGCCAAGGCGGAGGACAAGGCCGCGCGGCCGACCGUCUCCGAGCAGGAGAAGAACCUCAGCAAGGAGCUGGUCCAGCAGACCAAGGAGGUGCAGAAGCUCGAGCUGGAGAUCGAGAGGUCCCGGCUCCAGGCCCGGGAGAAGGAGAGGGCCGAGCUGGAGCGGAAGCUGAGGGAGGAGGCUGCCGAGGCGGAGCGGAAGAAGGAGCACGAGCGGCAGCUGAAGAAACUCCAGAAGGAGAAGGCCGAGCUCGAAAAUGCCCAGAAGGAGCGCGAGAGGGUUGAGAGGGAGCGGGAGAAGGCGAACAAAGAACGUGAGAAGGAGCGCGAAAGGGCCGAGAGGGAACGUGAGAAGGCGACCAAAGAGCGUGAGAAGGCCGACAAGGAGCGCGAGAGGGCGCGCCAGAAGGAAAAGCAGCAGCUGGACAAGAAGCUCAGCGACAUCGAGAAGGCGCAGCGGGAGCACGACAAGCUGCAGGAGUCGUUCAUCGACCAGGGCAAGAUCCUGGCGGACCUCAAGACGCGCUUCGACGCGCAGGCCAGGACGCUCGAGGCCACCGAGGCGGAGCGCGCCGAGCUGCAGCGGAUCAGGGACGAGUUCGAGAAGCGGUGCGCCGACCUGUCCAAGACGCUGAGCCACGUCAGCGACAAGGAGCGCUUCGUGGUCGAGCAGGUGGCGUCGCUGCAGAUCAUCAAGGAGUCGCUGCAGGGCCGCGUGGGCCCGCUCGAGGCGCGGGUCGACGAGCAGCAGGGGGAGAUCACGGCGCUGCACGGCGAGCGGGACGGCCUGUACCAGGACGUCAAGAGCUACCUGCACCGCAUCACCGAGCUCGAGAACGGGAUGAAGGGGCUGGUGGAGGAGAAGCACGGGCUCAUGAGGCAGGUCGGGGCGCUGGAGAAGGACAAGGACGGCCUCGAGGACAGGAUCAGGGACCGCGACGGGCAGAUCAAGAGCCUGGCGAGCAGCCUCGAGGCGCGCGCCAGGGAGACGCAGCAGCACAUUGCCUCGCUCAAGGACGAGCACAAGCAGCAGAUGGAGGGGCUCGAGGCUGCCAAGGACGCCCUCGUCGCCGGCAUGACCGUGGGCCACGACCUCCGGGUGCAAGACCUGGAGGAGCAGAUCGCCGUCCUCAACGCCCACAUUGACGGCGCACAUGCCGACGUUGAGAAGUUCAAGGAGUCGGUCAAGUCCCUGGAGGUCAGCCUCAACGAGGAGAAGGCCAAGGCCGGUGUCGAGCAGUCGAGGGCCAACACGCUGGCCUCGGAGCGAGACACCCUCCUGAUCCAGCUCGACGGCCACAGACUGCUCGCCGUCGACCAGGAGAAGGACCUGAUCGACCUCCGCACAAAGCUCGCGGCCUCGGACGGCGAGGUGGCCAAGCUGCUCGACAGCAGCAAGGCCCUGGAGGCAGAGCACGAGGAGCUCAAGAAGAAGGCCGCCUCCCUGGAGGAGGACAGCAAGGCCGAGCCGCAGCCGACGCCUGCUGACGCACCACCACCACCUCCUCCUCCGCCAGAAGAGCCAGCCCCAGCGCCGGCGCCGGCGGCCCCGCCCAAGCCCACCGUCGAGGACGAGAAGGACGUCGUGGUCGUCGAGUUCGCACCCCCCGGAGACGACAAGACAGAGGUCGCAGACCUCCAGUCCGCGAACCAGCAGCUCAACAUCAAGACGGCCGAGCUGGAGGCCAAGACAGCCGACCUGGAGGCCAAGAACGCCGAGCUCACGGCCGAGGUCGAGAGCACAAGGGCCUCCCUCGGCGAGCGCAUCACGCAGCUCGAGGGCGAGCGCGACUCGGCGGCCUCGGCCCUGAUCGUCGCCCAGGUGGAGCUCGGCCACACCAGGGCCGCCGCCGACCGCGUCCCGGCGCUCGAGGAGGAGGCCGCAAAGGUCCCCGCGCUCGAGGCGGACAAGGCCGGGCUCGAGGGCAGGGUCGCCGAGCUCGCGGGGCAGCUGGCCGCGGCCAACGGCCUGAUCGCGGCCAUGACGGCCGCCCAGCACGACCUGGGGCUUGGGCUGGGGCUGAAUAACGGCGCGCACAUCCCGCUGCCGCAGUCGCCACCCCCCAGCGAGCCGGCCGACAUCCCCAUCCCGCCGAGCCCGAGCCUGGUCGGCCCCCCGCCGCCGCCGCCCGCGCCCGCGCCCGAGAGGCGCAAGGUCAGGAGCCGGGCGCCGAGCAUGGCGCGCAGCGUGUCGUCGCGCAGCUCGGCCGUGUCCAGGAAGAGCGCCGCCGGCGUGCGGGAUGACCUCGCGCUUGUUGUCGUGCGCGACGCCAAGGACCGCGGGAAUAUCACCGUCGUGCGCAAGUGUGACCUGCGCAGGCCGAGGAGCCAGAGCCGGAGCCGGAGCCAGGGGCCUGUGAAGGACUGA